AUGCGCUUGGCAUCGAAUCUGGUGGCGUUCGCCCCGCUGGCUACUCUAUCUACGAUCUGCCCGGUCAGUACGGCUGCAGCUAUCCCACAGUAUGUAUACGACUACGCUCCUCUAGUCUGGCUGCAUAGUCAAGAUCCUUAUCGACCAAGUGAUCUUCAAGCCCAAUUGGAUCAUACAACCCCUAAGGUGAACUGGACUGCGAUUGCGAAUGCCCCGUCGCCGUUGACCCUCCACAAUCUCGAUCAGCUCAAUAGUAUGGGCAAUACCAGUGUUUACCUAACAUCCCACGAGGGCAUCGCUGCGACUCCUGAGCCGGCAUGGUUCCGCGGUAUCACCCCCGAUAGUGAUGGGCGAACCGGCAACGGGACUGGAUGUGCGAUCGUUGUAGUUGAUCACGGUAGUGGCGAGGUUGAUGCGUUCUACUUUUAUUUUUACGCAUACAACAAAGGCGAUAAAGUCCUGGGCCUGGAAUUUGGUGAUCAUGUGGGUGACUGGGAGCACAAUAUGAUCCGCUUCUCCAAUAGCACCCCGCAGUCCAUCUGGUUCAGUCAGCACGCCAGCGGCCAGGCAUUCACCUACGACGCAUUGGAGAAACAGGGUAUUCGACCAUACUCAUACUCUGGCAAUGGUACGCAUGCCAACUACGCGAUUGCAGGACAACACGACCAUACUAUCCCAGGCAUCAACCUCCCCACCGGCUUCCUCUUAGACUACACAGACCGCGGCGUCCUAUGGGAUCCUGUUCUCAACUCCUACGCCUACACCUACGACCCAUCAACAGCGACCUUUUCUGCCGGUAGUACCGAUUACCCUCUCUCCUGGCUGAACUUCAACGGAAAGUGGGGAGACGACAAACCCCCGAACGAACCAUCGAUCUUUGGAGAAGCCAAAUACGUUGCCGGACCGAACGGACCCAAGUUCAAGACAUUGAAUCGCAUGCAUACAUGUCCGUCUACCCCUUGCGUGGUAUUGCCAUUUACGAUCUGGGCGGAGAAAAAGAAAGAGAGUGAGAAGGAGAAGGCGACGUCCUGA